CAAUAUGUUUUCCCUUUUUUUCUUUUCUAAUCUUCUCACUAUUCUAUCAUAUUGAUAUAAAUAAUAUUAUAACUUACUUUGCAUGUAGUUCUCAAACAUAAAAAUUAUAUAGCUUGAAAAACUAUUUAAAUCGACUCUCAUAAAGCAAGACAUAAUAAGUAAAAAUGAUCUUUCUCAAACUUUAUUUGUGAAUAAAUUAUAUUAAAUAUAUUAUUACUCCUAUUAUUUUUAAUAUAAUGAUAUAAGAAUUUGUUUAGGAUGACAAUGUAUAAACUAAAACUUUUUAUUUAUUUUUUUGGUGCCAUGGUUUUCACUUUUUUCAUUUCAUAAAUUCUUUCCCAUCCAACCCCAUAAAUGCAUUUCUCUUCUAUUCCUCUCAUUUUUGCUUUUCCUUUACUAUUCUCUUUUCCCUUCUCUCUUAGCACCACCCACCCCUAUCAACAACCUCACCUCGUUACUCCCCUCACCCCCCCACCCCCAACCAUAGAUUUCCUCCAUUGCUAACAAAGCUUCCACCUUUAUACCUUUCUAAACUCUCCAUUCUCUCCACAUUCACAUUACCCACCAACCAUUUUUCUUUGGUUACAACACUUUGGUUUAACUUGUUUUUCCUUUACUUGGUCCAUUUUAGCAACACCCUUCUUGUUGUUCUUUUGAACUGUGUAGUCAUAUUGCACUUGUUAGCAUUUUCUUGGCUUUUGUGGGGUUCUUGGUUUUCACUUCUGCAUUGGCUUAUCUAUGUGUUUUGAUUCUCUUUUGGUUCAAAAAGAGGAACUUUUGUUGCUUCUUUGGGUUCUUAAAGAAGAAGAUCAAGGGGGUUAAGUUAAGUUUGGUGGUUCUAUAGAUCACUUGGUGUAAAGGAGGCAAUGGAGUAAAUCUGAGUCUGACAGUUUGGUUUUGUUGUAUCUGCUGUGCUGGAAAUGUCUUCUGGAGAAUUAAAAAGUGAAUUGUCUAGGAAGACUUCAUUUUUGGGUCUCAAACUAUGGGUUUUAAUGGGGUUAUGUGUUGGUGUAUUUAUCGUUGGGAUACUAUGUAUGUUGUCGAUAUGGGUAACGUGUAGGAGAAAAAAUAGAAGAACGUUGGAUGGGUAUUCGCAUUGCCAAAUACCCCAUGUUUCCAAGGAUAUUAAGGUGGAUAGAGUUGGUGGUGCUGCGAAUGUCCAUGAUCAUCCUGAAAGUUUAUUUCUUACCGUUAAUGAUAAAUCAAAUGAAACCACGUCGGAGAAGAUGUUAGUCCAUUUGGGUAGGAGCAAAUCUAGUGAUGCUGAUAACAUCAGCCAAUGUAGCUCUAUAUAUCAUCACGAAAGGGGCUUUAGUUCACAGUCGGGAGAAGAGGGAAGUUCAGGAACAGUGAGGAAACAAACAUCUUAUGGAAUUGCAAUGCCUUCUCCUUUGAUUGGCUUGCCAGAAAUAUCACAGCUCGGGUGGGGACACUGGUUUACGCUCAGAGAUCUUGAACUUGCAACGAAUCGUUUCUCUGCUGAGAACGUGCUUGGUGAAGGGGGAUAUGGUGUAGUCUAUAAAGGAAGGUUGAUCAAUGGGACAGACGUCGCUGUGAAGAAGCUCCUAAAUAAUCUUGGCCAAGCUGAGAAAGAAUUUCGGGUUGAAGUAGAGGCAAUUGGUCAUGUUAGACACAAGAAUCUAGUGCGUCUUCUUGGUUAUUGCAUUGAGGGUGUUCACAGGAUGCUGGUUUAUGAGUAUGUCAAUAAUGGAAACUUGGAGCAGUGGCUGCAUGGAGCGAUGAGACAUCAUGGUACACUUACAUGGGAAGCCCGUAUGAAGGUUCUCCUUGGUACUGCAAAAGCGCUUGCUUACUUGCAUGAAGCCAUAGAACCUAAAGUAGUUCAUCGAGAUAUUAAGUCUAGUAAUAUCUUGAUUGAUGACGAGUUCAACUCCAAGGUCUCUGAUUUUGGAUUGGCAAAACUCUUGGACUCAGGAGAGAGCCACAUCACCACCAGAGUCAUGGGCACAUUUGGAUAUGUGGCUCCAGAAUAUGCUAAUACUGGAUUGUUAAAUGAGAAGAGCGAUGUUUACAGUUUUGGUGUUCUAGUGCUAGAAGCAGUGACUGGUAGAGAUCCUGUGGACUAUAGCCGUCCUGCUAAUGAGGUUAAUCUUGUUGAAUGGCUCAAAAUGAUGGUUGGAAAUCGAAGGGCAGAGGAAGUUGUGGAUCCUAACCUUGAAGUUAAGCCUAAUACUCGUGCUUUGAAACGGGCACUUCUGGUUGCACUUAGAUGCGUUGAUCCUGACUCAGAAAAACGACCUAGAAUGAGCCAAGUAGUUAGAAUGCUUGAAACUGAAGAAGUUCCAUAUCGUGAGGAUCGACGAAACCGGAGAAGUAGAACAGCCAGCAUGGAAAUAGAAUCAGUAAAGGAAAGUUGUAGCAGCUCAGCUGAUGUGGAAAGCAAGGUAGGGAGAGCAGAUAGCAGUACAUCUGAUACAAUUCUUGGAUAGGGACUCUGACACAGGCACAUGACUCUAAAGUGGAAUGUAUAAUUGCAUUUUAUAAGCCAGCCUCACUCCCCCCCCCCCCUCUACCCCCACCCCACCCCCCAAUUUAUAUUUAAAAGCCUUUCAGUAACCCAAUGAAGGAUUUUUCCAUGUUGGUUUUCUGGAAAGAUUCCUCUGGAUGACAGAAUGAUAUUUGAAUUUAUGAUAGGUUGGCCUACUUGGUAUUUGAAGCAUUGGCUCUUCAUUCAGUGUUUAGUGUUGGCAGGUAGCUGCAUGAAAAUGAGGACUAUUGCUAUGUCAUACUAGUAGAAAGAGAGAGAGAGAGAGAGAGAGAGAGAGUAGAGAGAGAUUGUUCAUGUACAGAUAUGUUUUGGGGAUUAUGUGUUACUCCUAUUGUCCUAUCUAAAUACAAUUUGAUCAUCAUUCUUGUC